AUGUUCAGCGGUUGGUCUACUGCUCUGUGGGCACUCGUCACUCUAUGCGGAGCAUCACCGCUUGCGAGCCCCCCGAACACGCUGUCAAAUACCAGAACUUUGACUCACAUUGUGCAUCAGUUUGAUAAUGGUACCUGGGUCGAGAAUAUUGCGUCGAGGGCCAACGGAAAGUUGCUCGUCACGCUUCUUGACAGGCCAGAGCUAUAUGAAAUCGAUCCGCGCAACCCCAACGCAACACGCCUCGUACACAACUUCUCUGGCUAUACCAGUUUAUUCGGCGUUUCUGAAACCUCCCAAGAUGUCUUUGCAGUGGCUGCUGGCAAUUUUUCAUCAGCUGAAGGACCUGUCGCAGGCUCUUUCGCGAUCUGGAGAGUCGCUCUGGAUAGGCAGGGAGAAGUCGAGGUUCUCAAGGUUACCGACAUACCUGACGCCGUAUUCCUCAACGGAAUGACGUCCCUCCCAGCGCCAUCAGUUGAUAUUCUCGUCGGCGACAGCACGCACGGGGUAGUUUAUCGAGUUGACAUAGCCACUGGGCAGUACUCUGUCGCGCUGCGGGACGAGACAUUUCUGCCGCCGCACAACGCCAGCCUGCCUAUUGGUAUCAAUGGCAUCAGGAUACACGACCAGCACUUGUAUUACUCGAAUACGUUUCGGCAGCUUUUUGGACGCAUUCCUCUCAACACCUCCACCGGGGCUGCUUUGGGUCCAUACGAAGUCAUAGGCACGGAUUUCAAGAUUGAUGAUUUCGCCAUUGAUGAGCGAAAUAGUACAUACGCGGCCGCUGGUUUCGUUAAUGAAGUUUUCAAAAUUACUCAACGUGGCAAAACCAGGCUAGUUGUCGGAAAGACGGAUUCCUCGUCGGUAUUAGGGGCUACCUCCGCGGCUUUGGGGAGGACUUGGCUAGACAAAGAUGUGCUGUACAUUACAACAUCAGGGGGGCAAGCAUCUGUCUUGGAUGGGGUAUCUAUUGAAGGAGGAAAGGUUGUUGCCUUAUUUUUAAAUUAG